AUGUGCAACAAGAGACUUGACUCUAUGACUCUGCUCGAGCAUGAUCAACAGAGCUUCGGCACGCGCGACCUACGUCAUGCAAACCUACCAUAUGCGCAGCCUCCCGCCGACGACGCAGCUGGAAGUGGCACACCGUCCUCACCCACAUCCCCCAACUUCAGAAACAACUUUACACCCCUCCGCCCUCUGAACACCGGUGUAGGAGGGGCUCCAAGAGCCACGAGCCCCCUCCCGCGUCUCCGCCCAAACAGAUCACUAGCGACCAGUCCCAUUUCGUCGUCCUUCCCUCGCGGACCAAAUGCUUCUGUGCAACAGGCAUUCCAGGCGUCUGCAACUGCCAACAGUCCGACCGCUGGGAGCACCAAUGCGGCCACGAGUCUAAAUCUACAUUCUAACUCUACCUCGGACCCUAAAACCACUGAUCAAGAUACUAAUGAUAAUGAUAGUGCACCGCCGACAACGGACGACACAGAGGAGGCGGAGGUACACCAUUCCCUUGUCGGUCCAGAUUCUGUCCCCGUCAACGCCGAGACAGCAGAGACGGAGGAGGUCGAUGAUGUCGAUUCUCUGCCAGGGGUCACAGCUGCUGCGACACCGUACCCGUCCAACACCGGCAGACCAGGAAUCGGCACUAUCCCCCGCACCGUCCCGCUCUAUCUGAACGGGUACAACAGCAGCAUCGGUGCCGGCGCCCAGCGCACACCCGUCAAACAGCACCACCCCUCGCAAAGUCUCAGCUCGAUCCCAUCAAGCUCUUCUCCCACCGCUACAUCACCCUCCGCGUCCUCGCCUUCGAAUCUGAGCAAGGAAGCUGAAGACCUCCCGAGUAGGUAUAAUGCAGGCAGUAUGAGCCCAAGAGGCUUCAGUAAUAUGAUGCCCCUUGCUCCUACGGCCACUGGUACGCGGUACGGUAUUGCGCUGGGUGGUGGUCCUGGUCCUGGUCCUGGUGGGGUGGGGGUGCAAAUGACGGGCACGACGACAGGCACCCCGCGCAAAUGGGGCGCCGGCACACCCCAAUGUGCACGAUGCGCGAAAAGCGUCUAUUUCGCCGAACAGGUCAAAGCAGCGGGGAAAACGUACCAUAAACAUUGUCUCCGGUGCGUGGAGUGUAAUACGACGUUGGACUCGAGCCGGUUGCGCGAUCAUGAUGGAGAGCCGUUUUGUGUGCGGUGUUAUGGCAAGCUACACGGUCCUCAAGGCAGCGGAUACGCUCUGCUCGGGAAAGCCGGUGGUUGA